AUGACAGAAUUCACGCCCACCUACCACGGAAACUACACCAGCAACACCGAAGACCCGGCUCUCUUCGAGACGUUCAAGCCCAAAAUAGCCGCGUACCGUGCCAAGCUCGAGGCCGGCAUUCUGGAUAAAUAUGCUCUUCCCAAGGACGCAUUACCGCAAGAUCCCGGCAGCGACGUGGCCCGUGUCGCCGAAAAAGUGCUUACGCCAGACGAGCUGGCCAUUGUGGACACGCCGGCGCACCAGCUCGUGAAGCAAAUUGCCUCCGGCCGGCUGUCGGCCGUGCAAGUGUUUGAGGCCUUUGCCAAGACGGCCACUGUAGCUCACCAGGCUACCAAUUGUGCAAUGGAAUUGUUCCCGGACGAGGGGCUCAAGCGGGCGCAGGAAUUGGACGACCACUAUAGAAAAACCGGCAAGACGGUUGGUCCCCUGCACGGCCUGCCAAUCUCGCUAAAAGAGCACUAUGAAUUUAAGGGCAGAGUCACACACUGUGCCACGGUCGCCAAUAUCGAGUCUGUCUCGCAAGAGUGGUGCUCGCUGGUCAAAAUCCUGCUUGACGCAGGAGCAGUGUUUUACGUCCGCACCACAGAGCCCCAGAGCCUGAUGCAUCUGUGCUCCAACAACAACAUCACCGGAAAAUGCUGCAACCCGCACAAUACGCGGCUGACCCCUGGCGGGUCUAGUUCCGGCGAAGGAGCCAUUGUGGCCAUGAAAGGUUCUGCCAUCGGCGUUGGAUCAGACAUCGGCGGGUCUAUCAGAGCUCCAGCAGCGUUCUGCGGCGUAUUCGGCCUCAGACCCACUCAGAAGCGGCUCACCAUGCAACAUUGCAAAUCAAACAGCCUGGGAGUCGGGGAGGCCGUUGUUCCUGUUUUGGGUCCCUUGGCCCGGCACGCCGAAGACCUGGACCUGUUCAUGAAAGUCCAGAUCGGCGCUAAGCCCUGGGAAACCGAUCCUUCCAUUAUUCCUUUACCGUGGAGAGACGUUUCUGCUCCUGCUUCGAGAGAUAUUAAAGUGGCCGUUAUCUACGACGACGGUGUCGUCAAGCCAACUCCACCAGUCCUCAGAGGCCUCAGACAUGCAGCAGACGAGCUCAAGGCCGCAGGAGCAAAGGUUGUUGAUUGGAAAUCUUUUGGUGUUGAAGAGCUCGUCACCGCUGUCAAUUGCAUGUACAACGCUGACGGCAAUAAGGGCCAGAAAGCCGCCUUUGCUGCAUCAGGCGAGCCGAUUUUUGCCCUCACCAAGAACGCCCUGAGUUUUGGAAAGGCCGACGAGCCGCUGUUGGCCCUGGAAGAGCAUCUACUUGUCCAGACUAGGGAAUUCUACCGCGAACGCUACCUCCAAAAAAUGCUGGAGUUGGACGUGGACUACAUUCUUUCUCCAGCCUACUCUUCUGUUGCUCCUAAGCUAGAAACGGCGCGGUAUUGGGGCUACACAAGUCUGUGGAAUAUUCUGGAUUUUCCAAACGUUGUGUUCCCGACCGGUCUGAAGUGCGAUCCUGCUCUGGACGCUCCAGACACGUCGUACAAGCCAAGAAACGACAUUGAGGCCUACGAGUACGCUCUGUACGACACCGCAGAAGACUUUGCAAAUGCUCCGAUUUCUCUCCAGCUGACGGGAAAAAGAUGGUUCGACGAGGAACUGGUCAAGGCCGCUGGGGUUGUGCAUCAUAUUAUCUCGGCAUAA